AUGGACGCGGCAGAGGACAAGGAGCGAGCUGAGAAUGGCGUGGCGAACGCAGACGUCGACGCGGAGACGCCGUUCGAGGUCGCUGUCGCCCUCACAGGGCAGGGUCGCUUCCACCUGACUGCCCUCACCGUGUGUGGUUUCUGCCUCAUGACGCUCAUCUUCGAGUCGCUGGCGGCUGCCUACGUCACGCCGGCGGCCCAGUGCGACUUCGACAUGUCCUCCUUCGAGAAGGGCUUCCUGAGCGGCACUAUCUACAUAGGCAUGAUCGUGAGCUCCCACCUGUGGGGGUUCGUGGCGGACACGCGCGGCCGGCGGCUGGUGCUGUCUGUGACUCUGGCGGCCAACAGCGCGUGCUCCGUGGUCGCCGCCUUCAUGCCCAGCCUGCCGCUGCUCAUCUUCCUGCGGCUGCUCAACGGCAUCUUCAUCUGCGGGCCCUCUGCUGUGACAUACGCCUACCUGGGGGAGUUCCACGGUGAGAAGACGCGCACUCAGAGCAUGGUCUACGUCUGCGUCUUCAUCGCCAUUGCCAGCGUCGCACAGCCGGCAUUGGCAUGGGUGGUGAUCCCGCAGCCGUGGGACGUGGCACUGGGGGCUGUGCGGCUGCGCUCCUGGCGCGUCUUCCUGCUGCUGGGGGCGGCGUUGAGUGCCAUCACCUUUGCCCUCCUCAGGCUGUUCAUGCCGGAGAGCCCCAAGUUCCUGCUGGUUGCCGACCGGAGGGACGAGGCACUCGACGUGCUCCGCCACAUGUUUGCCACCAACAAUGGCGUACCACCGGACAAGUUCCCCGUUACAGCCCUCCAGAAGGACUCGCAGUCAGUGUCAUCGGUGGGUGUCAACACCAAGUCCCCAGCAGCCAUCGCUCGCCACAUGUGGAGGCAGACUGCCCCACUGUUCAGACCGCCCUACCUGCUGUACACACUGCUCGCCUGUCUUCUGCAGUUUGGCCUCUACGCCAGCUCUAAUGGCUUCCUGCUGUGGCUGCCAGACCUGGUGACCCGCAUGUCGCAGUACAACAUGGCCUACCCUGGCCAGGAGACCACCGUCUGUGACGUCAUCGCUAUCCUCGCUGGACAGAUGCCACCACCUGUUGACAUUCAAACGAACUACUCCAGGUGA